AUGUCAUCAUCAUCAUCGAAUUCUGUUAAUCAAUAUGAUGUGGUUGCAGUUGUAAAAAGAGCUGUCGAAAUUAUGAGUAAAUUUCCGUCAAGAGAGAUUCAAUUAUUAUCCGUGUUAAUUAUGAUGAAUCCUGAAAAUGGUACCGGAUGUCUUUCACAAAUAAAUACUGAUGAAGGUAAAACAACAAUUGUUGCAAUGUUAGCUGCAAUUAAAGCUCUUGAAGGACAUCAAAUAAAUAUUGUUACCUAUAUUCACCAGAAUUAG